AUGGCCGCCAACCAGCAACAGCAACUGGCGCACGACAAUGACAGCUGGAAGAAGCAGCUGAACCUCCCAACAAAGGAUACUCGCCCCCAGACCGAGGAUGUCACAGCCACCAAGGGCAACGAGUUCGAGGACUACUUUCUCAAGCGCGAGCUCUUGAUGGGCAUCUUUGAGGCUGGAUUUGAACGUCCAUCCCCUAUCCAGGAAGAGUCCAUACCCAUUGCCCUCGCAGGCCGAGAUAUCCUUGCCAGAGCCAAAAACGGCACAGGAAAGACCGCCGCCUUCCUUAUCCCCACCCUCGAAAAGGUCAAUGUCAAAAAGAACACCGUCCAAGCUCUCCUCCUCGUACCAACUCGUGAGUUGGCUCUCCAAACAGCUCAGGUCUGCAAGACUCUCGGUAAACAUAUGGGCGUCCAGGUCAUGGUCACAACCGGAGGCACCACACUCAAGGACGAUAUCAUGCGUCUCAGCGAAACUGUUCACAUCAUUGUCGGAACCCCCGGACGUAUCCUCGACCUUGCAGGAAAAGGCGUUGCCAACUUUAGCGCAUGCACGACCUUUGUCAUGGAUGAGGCCGAUAAGCUUCUCAGCCCCGAGUUCACACCCAUUGUCGAGCAGUUGCUCACCUAUUUCCCCAAGGAACGACAGGUUAUGUUGUACAGUGCAACCUUCCCCAUGAUCGUCAAGACCUUUAAGGACAAGCACAUGGUCAAGCCUUACGAGAUCAACUUGAUGGACGAGCUGACCCUUCGCGGUGUGACGCAGUACUACGCCUUCGUCGAGGAGCGCCAGAAAGUGCACUGCCUUAACACACUUUUCUCCAAGCUUCAAAUCAACCAGUCUAUUAUUUUCUGCAACUCGACUAACCGCGUGGAACUGUUGGCCAAAAAGAUCACCGAGCUCGGAUACUCUUGCUUCUACUCCCACGCAAAGAUGCUCCAGUCACACCGUAACCGCGUUUUCCACGAUUUCAGGAAUGGUGUCUGCCGCAACUUGGUCUGCUCAGAUCUUCUGACUCGUGGUAUUGAUAUCCAGGCCGUCAACGUCGUCAUCAACUUUGAUUUCCCUAAGAACGCCGAGACCUAUCUUCAUCGUAUCGGUCGUAGUGGUCGUUUUGGUCACUUGGGUCUUGCUAUCAACCUGAUCACCUACGAGGAUCGCUUCAACCUGUACAAGAUCGAGCAGGAACUCGGUACAGAGAUCCAGGCUAUCCCUCCUGUGAUUGACACGCGUCUCUACGUCGCCCCCUCUUCCCUGGACGAUCAACAGCAGAGGCAGCAGAUUGAUCAUCAGGAGCAACAGCGACUGAUACACCAGAAGCAGCAAUUACAGCAGCAGAUGCACCAACAGCACCAGCCGCAGUAUCAGCAGCAAAUGAUGCCUCAGCAACACUAUCCUCAGCAACAGAUCCACCCCAACCACCAACAGAUCCAGCAGCAUCACCAACAGCGACCCCAACAAUACCAGCGCCGUUAA